GUCACUGUCUGGCUCGCUUUGGGAACACAUCGUUUGGAGCGGAGCGUCCGCAGUCGCAGUAGCACUCGAAGUCCGCAACCGCAUCCACAUCUCAACAUCCGCAUCCGCAGCAUUUUCGAAUCUUUUGGAUCCAUCCGCAUCUGCAGAAAUCGAAUUCAACCGAUACUACCGAUCGCGAUCGCGUCCGCGUCCGGUUAUUUCAAUAUUGUGAACCAAACAAUAUAAUCGUCGGAUGGAAAUUUUGAAACAAGAAGUCUGUUUCGAAAUCAACUCGAAAAUUUUCGUUACAAUUUUGAAAUGGCAGACCAGUGCGUACGGAAGAAAAUAUAUAAAAAAUAUUGUUAGUGCUGUGUCUCAACCAACAACAAGAAAAGGAUAUCCGGAAUGAAAAAAAAAUGCUGAAUUGUUAAUGCCAAUUGUUUAAAGUGUGCAAAAGUGCAACUCUUUCAACUUUAAUUUUACAAGUGCUUGAAACAAAAAAAGAAAGGAUCGUAAAUCUAAAAACAACAAAAAUAAACAUAAAACUAAGAUAUGAUAACCAUCCAAACUUGGGCAACUGUUUGCUGAGAUUGCUUCAUUCAAUGAAUCCGAGUUAUAUCGAGGAAGAAUCUGACAUGACACGAAAGUCAUUGACGGUGAUAAGAUGCAUUAUCAGCGGGGAAGACGAAGAUGAAGAUCCACAGCAGUUAAAAUUAAAAUGUGUAAAACAAGUCUACGAUAUGAUAACCUAAUUUCCUGCCAGGAAAGGGGCUAAAAAAUAAAAAAAAAUAAAAAUACGAAAUCGUGCACAGAGAGACUGUUUAAGUCAAAACAAGAAACGUAAACCGAUCGAAACGAAAGUAAAAGAUUUUUAAACUGGGCGUUCAUGUGUCUCAACGAUAUUGAAGGGCGUGGCUUACGCCCAGUGAACUGACAAACAAUCUAUAAACAACACAGUGCGGGAAAAGCAGAAACAUCUGCCAGGGGCUACAAAAAUUACAAACAUUCGGAGUACGUCUCGUAGCCCUUGUGAACCUCGAAGUGGUGAUUUUUGAUGCGAAGAAACCUGCGCCUGGACUGGAGGGCCCUGGCGCUGCUGGGCGCCCUCCUUGCGUAUAUUAUCCCUUGGCCGGGACUGGGCCAGGUUGGAGCCAUGCCCGCGCUAAUAGGGAAUCCCAUACCGGACAUGUCCAAUGCGAACAAUAGCAAUCUGCUUAGUAAUAGUUAUCUACAAAGUGAUCAUAGUCGUAGUAGUUUAGUGCCGAGCGUAGUGAGUGAACGUAAUAGUGUAAAUCCACCCGAAAAUCAAAGUAUUAUUGCUGAAUUUAAUCCGAGCUUAACCAUCCAAUCAACUGCCAUAGAAACAUCCACAGAAAUCACACCCCAAUCCAAUACCAAUCAGCUGGAGGAGCCGAUGGGCUUUAUCAUUUCCGCGGUGCCGAGCGCUCACCUGGCUGUCCUGUCGCGUACCGAGCGCAGCAUUCGUCACCAGGAGCAUCAUCAGCAUCAGCAACAGCAGCAGCAAAAGCAGCCGAAGCACCCGCACCAUCAACAGCACCAGUCCUCACCGGCUGGCAAUAAUUUCAUUGGUUCGAAAUCGAAAAGACUGAGCAACUCUAGAAGUAAUCUACAAAUAAAUAGCAGUAGCAACAAUACACCCAUCAGCAAUCUGGACCGCAACGAGCGCUCCACCGUAGCCCAGUCCCAUUUGGACUGGAACUCCCGCAAGAUCCAGUUGUUCGUCAACAAGCACAUCCUCCAGCUGAUGCGGAAUGGAACCGUGACUGGAACCUUGGAUGAGAAUAAUGAAUUCACGAUUCUUCAGCGCUCCACCGUGGAUGUGGGUCGCAUCAAGCUCCAGAGUGUGGCAACCUGCCUGUAUCUGUGCAUGGACGCGUGUGGCAUAGCCUAUGGUUCGAAAGACUUCACGGACGACUGUGUCUUCAACGAGAACAUGGGUCUGCAGAACUACAACACCUACACCUCCACUUACAACUCGAAUUCGCUGCGCGUUUACUAUUUGGCGCUGAACAAUCAGGGCGGACUCCGUCGGACACAGAUACCGCCCGGAAGGGCCCUGCAAAAGAUGAGCAUAUACACCAAUGUGAUCACGGAGACGGUGGCCCAGGAGCGGGUCGAGCAGCUGAUUGCCAAGAACUUCGGGGCGAAUCGCGUCAAGCACGGCGUGCGCCAACUCUGUGAUACGGGCAAGCCGCUGAUCGAGCUGAUCGAUGCAGACAGUUUCAAGACGCCGCACACUUGUAACCCCAAGAGUGGCAGCGGCAGUGGCAAGGGCGGCAGCAAUAGCAGAAGCAGUAGCAAAAUCGGCAGCAGUAGUAGCAGAAGUAGUAGUAGUCUCACUAGCAGUAGAAACGUUCCUGUGCCUGCGCUCAGACCCGGCAGCCUGAUUAGUAUUAGUAACAGUAGUCAAAGCGUGAGCGGCCAUAUUAGCAGUAGCAUUAGCAGUAGCACCACCAAUAGCAGUAACUCCAGUAGCCCCACUGGCCACCACAAAAACAGGGGCAACAAGAACAAAAAGAGGCGACUUUGCAAGCCCAAUGAGAACGAGGAGCAGCACCAUUGCCGCAAACUGGGUCCCAUGGCCCAGAAGUGCAGGGAGCUGCGCAAAAAGGCGGCAGCUGAGGGCGCCCCACCGCCCAACUGUGGCAAGAAAAAUGGUGCUAGAAAAAUUCAGGGAGCCGACUUGGCCGAGGCCAAGGGUGUCCAGCAGCAGCGGCCCAAGCAGUUGGGAGGAGGCGGUAAAAGGAAGGCGCAGGGAAAGGCGGGGAAGCAGCGCCAGGGCGGUCCAAAAAAGCACCAGCAGCCAAAUCCCCAGCAAGGUCAUCAUGGAAGCAAGAGCUCCAAGCGGAGGCAACGCAAAAUGGAGCAGAGCAGCACCACCUCCACCACCAUGGCCAGUAGCUUGGCCACUCCGGAAAGCCGCUGGGAGAGCAGUUCUCCCCUUCCUGCCCUGAGCCUGAGCGAGACCAGCGAUCGGGUGGAGCGCAAUGUGCGCAUGAGCAGCAGUGAGGAGGAUCCAGAUCAGGAUCAAGAUCAAGACCAGGAUACCGGCGACGUGGAUGAGGAGGCCGAAUCCCUGGAGGAUGCCAGCUACGAGGAUGUCAGCUCCGAGGCCCAAGGACGCAGUGGUGCGGCUGGCGACGAUUCGCUCUACGAUUUGUGAGUUUCCCACAAAAAAAAUUAAAUUAAAACUUAACAUACCUAAGCUAACUCUCCAUUUCUCACCAAACUUUGAUAAAAUUAAAUCGACUUUUUCUACAUUUUAUCUAAAUUAUUAAAGCAACAAUAUUUUUUAUUAACUUGUUACCUAUUGGCAAUAACGUUUCUUAGUUUUACGGUUUGGAAGUUUAAUACAUUUCUAAAUUUAAUUUUUAUUAUUUUGGCUUUAACUGAAACAUUGAUCUUCUUUAAACAUUUUCUAAAUUUACUUAGAAUUGGCACAUUUGUACUUUUUGGUUUAUUUUUUGUUUGGUUAUUUAUAAUUUGCGUUAUGGAGAAUUUUUCAAAAUUACCUUUAAGUAGUUCUAGAAAUUUGUUCAAUUCAUCUUAGCCAAAACGUACAAUGUGUAGAAAAUACAUUUUAAUUCAGUGGAAAAGAGAAAGAUCGGAGAAAAAAAUAAGAAACGCUGUAAAAAUGUGGCUUGAGUAUGCAAAAGAUAUUGUAAUUGCAAGUUUCGAAAUUGUACAUCCACAACACGAUCAGACACACACCAAAACAGUCAAACCUCAUUACACUGCACAUCCAGCACAACAUCACAUCUCUGUCAGAGUGUACAUAAUGAUAUACCAUCCUAUCCCAAACCCAAGACUGUGGUUCAAUAAAGUAUUUUUGAUACAGCGGACUGUUGUUCCCCCGGCGAAUCCAUCCCCUCAAAACCCGAUGAAUAUCAAAUGUAUUACGACGGAGUCUCGAGUAUUUUAUAAGAACCUCUCAAGCGAACCCCCCUAUGGAGUGUAGUCAGCAUCAAAAUGUAUAUUAUUAUAUAUAACACGCUCAUCAAAUCAAAUAUUUAUGAUUAUGUAAAAUCAAAGCCAUAACCUUACGCAACACGAAUGAUCUAAAAAAGAGUCUACUGAAAUACUUGAGUCUCUGUGGCGGAACUUUCACGUUCGAUUGACGAUGAAAAUACUCAAAAAUACACGACCACACCAUACGAAAAACCAGAUGAAAACUUGCAAAGGGCUAUCCCCAAAUUGUAAACGAAGCGAAGUCGAAUCCAUUUGUACAUAGAUACACGGUUUAGUCGUAAGAUACAUUUUUGUCUCUGCAUUGUCGAACCUCGCUGCCUCUCAGUGCGUAGUCUAAGCUCUGUAUAUCAAUAUUAAAUUGAGGCAAUCCUUAAGAUCCUUUGUUGACGAAUCAAUAAAGUCAGCGACAAAGCGAAAUAAAAUAAAAAUUAGAAAUACAUAAAAAAAAGAAUAAACAAUGCAAACACACAAAUCACAAGAUUGUAUUUUAAUUUACAUUUACUUAAUAAACUAACAAGUAAUCUUAAUUUAUUUUAACUACAAGAGACGAGCGUGAAAUUAUAGUUUGUAACUUGUAUAAUUGAGUUAUUUAUUUAUUUGAAAAUAUUUAUUAUAAACUAGGAUUAAGCUGAUAGGCCCUAGACUAACAAAAUUCUGUUAUAACUUAAUGCAUAAAUCAAACAAUUUCCAGAUAUGUGAGUAAAUGAUAAAUAAGAAGAGCAUGAUAAAAAGCGAAAGCUACUAAACUAAAAAAUAAAAUUAAAAAUAUAUUAAUAUCAAAUCAAAGUUCUUUAGUUUAUAUGGUAAGAGGAGUAGAUCCUGAUGAAAGUUUACUGGGAUUGUUCGCAUGGGA